UCUCCAUAUAAAACUCAGCGGAGGUCUGAAGUUUGUUCUUCAUCAUUCGUAUUUCCUUUCAUCAACACUUUUUCCAGAUUUUUCUCUUCUCUGGUCUCGUUAUUUACCGUUAUUAUAUGAUAGCUCUCGGUGACCGGAAACCUGAGAGCCGAAGCUCGUCCCCUGCUCUCGGUUUCCCUCGCCUCAGAUUCUUCCGUUACCGGCGCUUGAGGUAAGCGGUGAACCACCAAGAAACAAUCAAAACUUCGAAUUUGUUAUUUGAUCAGGCGAGAUAAUUUGCGAAAGAGAAAUGGCAAGCCCAAAGAAUCACCGGAGAGGACAUGAGGAAAAGAACCGGAGAGGAAGACUGGCGGAGAAAUCAUCGUCGUUUCACGGCCGGAGUCCGUCAGAGCCGACAUCGCAACUUCGGAGGCCCAAAACCGUGUCGGAUUUGCUUCCGAGCCGGAGCGUGGUCGUGACGACGUCGUUGGAGCAGCAACGGCCAAUGAAGCUGACGAAGCUGCUUCUGAACGUGACGAUUCAGGGGAGCCUCGGGGCCGUACAGGUGGUGAUGACGCCGGAAUCGACCGUCGGCGACCUGGUGGCGGCGGCGCUCUGUCAGUACGUUAAGGAAGGUCGCCGGCCGAUCUUUCCGACCGUCGAGCCCUCGCGAUUCAACCUCCAUUACUCCCAGUUCAGCUUGGAAUGUUUGGAUAGAGAGGAACAAGUGGUGGAAUUGGGAUCCAGAAACUUUUUCUUGUGUGCAACAACAAUGGGCGGCGGAAGUGACAGUGGCGGUGGCGGUACGGCGCCGUCUUCUUCAUGUGCAACGCAGGCCGACAAAGCAGUAACAAGAUCUGGCUUCAAUUGGCUCAAAUUCAUGGAUUUCAUGUUGUAAAAUUUUCACUUGUCAGUAUUGACUUCCGUUUGCUAAAAGAAGUCGAUAAUUAUUUCUAUUUUACCCGGGUUUGAUUAUUUGUACAAAGCAUAGGUUUGUAUGUUGGAUUCUUUUUAUUGCUAGUAGAUAGAGAAAGAAAAAAGGGAAUUGCACCAAUAUUCCUUUUUUUUUUUAAUUAGUUUAAUUUUGGAAAUUGUUCAAGUUUAAGAAAUUGCAUAUGUAAGACAUGUGAAGCACUUAUUUUGGACCCAUAUGGGGAUAUCAAUGUCUAUCAUAUGGAAGUUGUACAGUCUAUAAAUUUGGCCUUUUGUUGGUAAUUCGCGUAA